AUGAUCGUGGCCGACAAGGCCCGGCUGGGGCCCGCGGUCGACGGGGCCGCGCCGCCCGAGGACCAGGAGGGCGAGGGGGGCGGGAAGGACCCGGCGGCGGACGCGGCCCCCGGGCCCAGCGCCUCGUUGCGCCUCAUGGUGACUCGGCGGGAACCGGCCGUGAAGCUGCAGUACGCGGUGAGCGGCCUGGAGCCGCUGGCCUGGUCGGAGGACCACCGCGUGUCGGUGUCCACGGCCCGCAGCAUCGCCGUGCUGGAGCUCAUCUGCGACGUGCACAACCUGGGCCAGGACCUGGUGAUCCACCGCACCUCGGUGCCCGCCCCUCUCAACAGCUGCCUGCUCAAAGUUGGCUCAAAAUCAGAAGUUGCUGAGUGCAAGGAGAAAUUUGCCAGCUCUAAAGACCCCACCAUCAGCCAGACUUUCAUGUUGGAUAGGGUGUUCAACCCUGAGGGGAAGGCCUUGCCACCAAUGAGAGGGUUCAAAUACACCAGCUGGUCUCCCAUGGGUUGUGAUGCAAAUGGCAGGUGCCUCUUGAGCCUGACUGUCCAGGUGAACCUCAACAGACUCCAGUGGGUCCAGCUGGUUGAUCUGACUGAGAUUUAAGGAGAGCGUCUCUAUGAGACCAGUUACAGGCUCUCUAAAAAUGAGGCUCCAGAGGGAAAUCUCGGGGAUUUUGCUGAAUUUCAGAGGAGGCACAGCAUGCAGACCCCAGUCAGAAUGGAGUGGUCGGGCAUCUGCACCACUCAGCAGGUCAAGCACAACAAUGAGUGCCAGGAGGUGGGCAGCGUGCUCCUGGCUGUCCUCUUUGAGAACGGUAACAUUGCCGUGUGGCAAUUUCAGCUGCCCUUUGUAGGAAAGGAGUCCAUCUCCUCAUGCAACACGAUUGAGUCUGGAAUCAGCUCCCCUAGUGUUUUAUUCUGGUGGGAAUAUGAGCACAAUAAUCGGAAAAUGAGUGGCCUUAUUGUGGGGAGUGCUUUUGGACCCGUAAAAAUUCUCCCUGUCAAUCUCAAAGCAGUCAAGGGCUAUUUCACCUUGAGGCAGCCUGUUGUCUUGUGGAAAGAAAUGGACCAGUUGCCUGUGCACAGCAUUAAGUGCGUGCCGCUUUAUCACCCCUAUCAGAAGUGCAGCUGCAGCCUGGUGGUGGCUGCAAGAGGGUCCUACAGUUCGAUCGGGAGCGGAGAGCGGACCCCAGAGAGCCCUGAGCAACCCCACGGCUGCCGCCGGCCUGGUCACCAUCCCACCCGGGAGGAGCCACAGCUGCCCGCCCGCCGCCCCGCCCUCAGCGCUGCCAACACCAAGCCUGGCACCAUGGGCAGCCGCGCAGGGAACGGUGGCCCAGGAUGCCUGCAGACCACGAUUCCAAGACAGCCUGGAGAGGACGGCAAGGAAGAGGCUAAGGAAAGUCAAGGAGAUGAGACCCAAGGUCAGCAGCCACCUCAAGGUCGGUACUGCGCAACUUCAAUUACUGUCGCAGACGCCCAGAAAACCCUGACCACAAGAUGGCAGAGACAAAAGCAGCCGCGCCUGCAGCUAAUGGCUGCAGUCUGUGCAGCAUUUAUUCAGUUUCCAGAAAGUCAGCCACAGUGA